CUCGAACCAACAACGCCCAGGCAGGCUUCCCCCCCCGGAGAAUCCUACCAAACGUUACCAACUCGGAGCUCUCUACAAACCCUUCUUCAGUAGUGCUCUCUGCUUUUAAGAGAGCGUUAGUGGCCGAUCGAAGUGAACACAGCCCAUUUUAUAUCAUCAAGAUGACCGUGGUCGAUGUCGUCGCUGCCGCCGGCGGUGCCGAGGCCGGGAACGGGAGCGGCAACGGGCAGACGGUGUGCGUGACGGGCGCGGGCGGGUACAUCGCGUCGUGGCUCGUCAAGCUGCUGCUGGAGCAGGGGUACACUGUCAAGGGCACCGUGAGGAACCCAGAUGACCCGAAGAACGCGCACCUGAGGGCGCUGGACGGCGCGGCGGAGCGGCUGAUCCUCUGCAAGGCCGACCUCCUCGACGCCGACGCCAUCCGCCACGCCGUCCACGGCUGCCACGGCGUCUUCCACACCGCGUCACCCGUCACCGACGACCCCGAGCAAAUGGUGGAGCCGGCGGUGCGGGGCACGGAGUACGUGAUAGACGCGGCGGUGGAGGCUGGCACGGUGCGGCGGAUGGUGCUGACGUCGUCCAUCGGCGCCGUCACCAUGGACCCCAACCGCGGGCCCGACGUGGUCGUCGACGAGUCCUGCUGGAGCGACCUCGACUUCUGCAAGAAAACUAGAAACUGGUACUGCUACGGGAAGGCGGUGGCGGAGCAGGCGGCGUGGGAGGCGGCGCGGCAGCGCGGGGUGGACCUGGUGGUGGUGAACCCGGUGCUGGUGAUCGGCCCGCUGCUGCAGCCGACGGUGAACGCCAGCAUCGCCCACAUCCUCAAGUACCUCGACGGCUCCGCCUCCAAGUUCGCCAACGCCGUCCAGGCCUACGUCGACGUCCGCGACGUCGCCGACGCCCACCUCCGCGCCUUCGAGAACCCGCUCGCCUCCGGCCGCCUCCUCUGCGCCGAGCGCGUGCUCCACCGCGAGGACGUCGUCCGCAUCCUCUCCAAGCUCUUCCCCGAGUACCCCGUCCCCACAAGGUGCUCUGACGAGAUAAACCCAAGGAAGCAACCAUACAAGAUGUCGAACCAGAAGCUCCGGGACCUCGGGCUCGAGUUCCGGCCAGUGAGCCAGUCGCUUUAUGAGACAGUGAAGAGCCUCCAGGAGAAGGGCCAUCUGCCUGUGCUCAGCGAGCAGACGGAGGCGGACAAGGAAGUCCCCGCCGAGGAGUUGCAGGGUGGCGUAACCAUCCGAGCAUGAGGGGAAGAAGAAAUCACCAAGAAACAGCAAGCGAUGGACGUCCAAUCUAAGUCAUGUAAUACCGUGUCUUUUCAUGUGAACCAAAAGUGACCGAAUAAAUAUAGAAACGGUUGCUAAUGUUCAGAAGUGGAUUUUGUGCUAUCUGCACGAAAAUUGGUUGCAAGUCUGCCCGCAUCCUCAUACACAA